CUUGUUAUGAUACAAAAGCAUUUUCAGCCCAUCUGUGCAAAAUCUGUUAAGUUGCAUAGUGUCAAAGAGGUGGAGAAAUGCAGUUCUCCAUGUUGCUGGAUAGCAAAGCCGUUUCAGAGAGCAACUGCUAACAUGGAUUGCACCUCGGAAGGGGACAGCUGAACUCUCCCUCUGGCUUUAGUAAGGAAAGAGCAGCGAUGAAAUCCGUGGACUGUGUGCACGUCAUCCAACAGAAGGAUACCGCCUCCCCUCCCUCUGCCCCCCCUGGUGCUGUUUCAGGCACCACGGGACUUUUUCCUGUCACAUUCCUGUGGCUUGCAAUGCUCCUGUCCUCUUGUCUUGCAGCAGUGUCUCUUUACCAUGUUAUCAUCCUGAAAACAGAACUAGAAGCUCUGCGCAGCGAGCUGAUCUACAGCAUCCAGGCAAGGUCUCCGCUAGACCAACCACUCGUGUCCCCCGAAGCAAACAAAGCAGGUAGCCCUGUUUCUUCCUUCCUGCAAGUGUCUGCAGCUGGCUCCAGGCAGGAGAGCAGGCUUGCUGGUGCUGGCGCAGCUGAGAGCUUCCAAAAGGAAAUCUGGAACGGGAGUAGAAACAGGGGCAGGCGGUCUGCUGACAAGACAGAGGAAAAAGUGCUGCAGGCCUGCUUGCAACUGAUUGCUGACAGCAAAAGUGAUAUCCAACAGAAAGAUGAUUCAAGCAUUGUCCCUUGGCUCCUGAGCUUUAAACGUGGAACAGCCCUAGAAGAACAAGGAAAUAAAAUAGUCAUCAAAGAAACAGGUUAUUUUUUCAUAUAUGGCCAGGUUUUAUAUACAGAUACAACAUUUGCUAUGGGACACCUAAUACAGAGGAAGAAGGCUCAUGUGUUUGGUGAUGAUCUCAGCCUGGUGACAUUGUUUCGCUGCAUCCAAAAUAUGCCACAGUCUUAUCCAAAUAAUUCUUGCUACACUGCUGGCAUUGCAAAAUUAGAAGAAGGAGAUGAACUUCAACUUACAAUACCACGGAGAAGGGCUAAAAUAUCCUUGGAUGGAGAUGGUACUUUUUUUGGUGCAGUAAGACUCCUCUGAAGCUCUUUAUUUCUGUUUUUAUGCUUAAUGCCAUUUUCUUCUCUACCUAUGCCUUUGUCAGAAAAAAUAUUGAAUUGUAAUAAAACUGCCAAUUCAACCUCUCCCAGUCCACCACAGGCUUCUAAGAAUUUUCUUCACUUUGAUAUGCAAACCCAAAACAGGAAACAUACCAGACAUACUUGUGAAAUAACCACCAUGUGAUUACCAGAAAGCCAAUUUAUUUUAGACAAUGAGACACGCUAGAUAACAACUCUAAAACAAUGAGGUUUUGGCUUUGAAACAAUUUGUUAUCCAUGUGGCAAACCAAAGGAGGAGUUGCCCAAAAAUAACAGCAUGACCAGGACCCCAGACUAUCAAAGUGUUAUCAAUUGAAAAGGAAAUCUAAAAUUAAAGUGUAUCCUAGAUUUGCAUUAUUUCAUCAGUAAAGUAUUUAAUAUAUAAAAUGUGGAGGAAAAACAUUGAACAGUAGAUUCCUCACCACAAAAUGAAAUUGCUAGUUGUUGUGUUCUGAGUUUUGGGUUUGUUUUUGUUUUUUUUUUUUUUCCCAGAGAUACUGGGGAAGGAAAAAUUCUAAAUGUCUGGGAUAAUUAAAAAAAUAUACAGAAUUGCAGCCACUGUCUUGCUUCUUCCCUGUGAACAAAAAGUGAAUAAAUUACUACAAUCUAUUAGCAUUUACUAAUUAGAAUUAUUUUACUGGAGAAAGGACAUGUAAAACACUUCAACAGCUCAAUCUUCAAAGCACUGCUAUUUGCCAAGGGAUACGUGUACACUUCCAUGUAAACAAGGCUGGCACAGGAAGAAACACAGUGAGAUUAGACACAACACCAUGGCUGGAAUUGGAUUUCUGGCUCCAUAAUUUCUGCAGUCAUAUAUAGAUAUGUGUGUAGAUAUAUACAGUAUGUAGACGUAUCUGUAUAUAUCUGAGAGUAGGUAUACACACAUUGGUCUUGGGCAUUUAGGAAUAGAAUUUUAUCUUCUUUUGAGUAGUUUAUCCAAUGGAAAUACUACUUCAUGCAUAUUUUUUAUAUUUCCCUUGCUUCUUGCCAUGAUCCAUUCUAUGGAAUACAGUAAAAAGAAAAAUCCAAUAGAUCUGGAACCAGCCAUUCAACUAAGAAAAUAAACUUGUAUCUCAGAGGCUUUUUCUGUGGUUUUGAAUAUAAUGCUUAACUCUGUUUAAAAAAAAAAUCAGAUCUGUAGAAAGAAUAAACAGAUGUCCUUUUUCCUUUUCUUUUGUCUGGCUGAUUUGUUCAGUAGGUAGUAUUUAUGCCUUUUUUUAAUCCCAAAUAUUUUAUGGUCAAAGGAGCUAUUCUACUUUUUGCCCUGCUCUUAAAGAAGCAUUGAAGUGCUAUAGGAAUAGAAAAAAAGUAAAACCCCAAAUAAUGAAUUGUACUUUAUUUGAAACAUAUUUUUAGGACCUGAGAAUUGUGUUAUAU